ACUUCCCGAAAGUACGGCAACUGCAUCGGGACAAACCGCAAACCAGACCAACGAAUGCAGCAACUCCACUGGCCUGUAAAGUAUAUAUCUUACUAAAUAUAUCAUCCCCGUGGACAUACCUCGACUCUCAAUUUUCCACUUUCAUUGUUCUUUUGGAUGAACAGAAAACUGGCACAAAGUAGGGCAUAAAUUAUUGGCUAUAUUUCGUCCAAAAACCACUCGCGCGUGAGAAGUGUGCAUUUCUACCCCGCACUGGCAGGGGCAGCAUUGGACUGGACACCUGUCGUCCCGGACAGUGUAGAAGGAAAAAUAGGAGACGACCAAAAAACGAAAACAAGAAGAUGCAUGUAGAAAUAUGAGUAUCAUGAACACAUAACUUGCAAAUAUCACAGACGGAAUUUGCCCACUUUAUUGGGCAAUGAGUGCGGUGCAUCUUCGAGGACAAGCUUUAACAACCUGGAAAUGAAGACAAUUCCCCAAAGCCCAACAAACGUUUAAGAGAUCGCUUUGUUUUGUUAUUUUUAAGAAGAUUGUAUCAAUGUACAAAAUCUACAAUUUCGUGUAGUUGCAUUUUCCAGGUUUAGUUUAUUUUUCAAUUUUUAAAUAGAUUUUUAUUUUAUUGUUUGUAUUAAACCGUCUUCCAGUCCAGUGCGCGGCGCACUUCCACUGAUCCACCAACCGAAACACAAAAGAGCGGCGGCAGCACCUCGUCGUGUCCACGGGGGAAGCAGACAUGUUGACCGUGUUCGUAAUAAUAAAUAUGUGUAUUAAACUGUAGAUUGUCUACGCAAAACACGUUAUCCUUGGAGUUUACAACUCAGACGAACCUUAAAGAUGUCGACAGUUGGCAUGAGGAAGAGGUACACUUCUGCAAUGGAAAAGAUUAUAAAAAACGCGGUGUCCGAGAGCGGUAAAGUUUUGGAGACCAUCAUCGUGGAGCUGAAGGCUGAAAUGCUCAGAGUCAAGAGCGAAAACGAGAAUCUAAAGAUCAGAUGUAGCCAGUUUGAAGAAGUGGUGAAAAAACGCAGUGUUUACAGAGAAACUGGGACAUCUCCUGAGCCCUAUAUUAUUGAGAAGUGCGACAAAUCUGUCCAAUGUGACCUUUCUUUCCACCAACCUGCAGACAUAGAUCCAAAUCUCUUGGACAAUGAAACACAAAGUGAAUGUUCAUUUGGGCCAAAUUAUGAAAAGGAGGUCUCUAAUGACUCUUUUUCAUUCAUAAAAAUGAAUGAGUUAGAGCAUGAUACUAGUGAGUUGCUUGAUAUAUCAGAUGAAACCCCACUAGAAAAGUCUUUUGAUCAAGAAACAAAUACAAAUGACAUCAAGUCAUGGAAAAAUAAGGAAAACGACCAAUAUGUGGAAACAUCUUCCUGCUCAUCUGACCAAGGAAUUUUAACCACUGUUUUGUCUCCACAAGUUGAACUGUGUGAAGAACAUGGACGCUGUUAUGAAUCUUCUGAAAUGGAACUACAGGAAGCCUAUCAAGAGGAUCUUGGCAUUGAUUGUGCUGAAACAGAUGAAUCAUUGGAAUGCCAAGGAGAAUGUCAAAAAGAAGUAAACACGAGAAUAACCAUUUUUUUGCAAGAGGAAAUCUCCACAGAAAAGGAUGGUGAAACUGGUGAAAAAUACAAACCAGAAGAAUGUGAAUCCAGUGUCUUGCCUGAUCUGUCAAAAGAAGAUGCUCAGCAACGGAUUGAUACAACUGAGAUGGAAGUUCAAAGUGAUCCACAAAGCAAACUUUCUUCCUCUGAAUUGAAACCCGACAAUGCUUCUUCAGGUGAUACAACAAAUAUUGACCAGCUAAUAACCCCAUCCACAGCAGUCACCUCAACAGUUACUCUUACUGGAUCAGAAAUUGAUGGUAGAGCAUUUCAAUCUUUGUCUACUGAAGGUCCACAUGCAAGAAAAGCACAGAAAACUUCACAAUCUCUGAAAUAUCCAUAUUUUUUGAGAAGGCAGCGGUGCACUUCUGUAACCUUGGAAGAUGCCAUGCUUUUGCUCGAUGCAGUCAACCUACAUGAAUAUAAAUCCUCAACCCCAAAGAAAACACAAACAAAACAUUCUUUAAGGCAUUUGACAACCUCAAAAACAAGCAAGGACCCGGAAGUAACUCAAAGUUUUGUAUCAGAUACUAUAAAUUUGGAAGAAACUGCAUGUAGACCUGAGACAAUUCAGCCACAAAUGGCAGAAGCUAUAGAAAAAGUUUGUCCUGCUAACAUGGGUAAAGAGGGGCAACAGCAGGAUCAGGAAAUUACUUCACAUACCAUACCAUCACCACUUCAAGCUGCCAUAGAUCACAAAGUUCUUACAGUAGCUCCCGCAACACUCACGCUAGUCACCAAAGCUGAUUCAGUUAGCAUGGACAUUGAGGACCACCAACAUGAUCAUAAAAUAUUGUCUUUGUCAACCAAACAGUCACCUACUCCUGCUACAAAUAAAACAACUCCCAACACCACACUAUCAAAACAAGGUGAAGAUAUGCAAGCUGUAGACAAUGACACAGCUACCGUGUUCAUUGAUGGCCAAGAACGUGAUCAGAUAAGUGCUACUACACCUACCAAACCUUUUACUGUUGAACCAGAUCAUGUUACAAUAGUACAACCAAGAAUUCCAAGUGUAACAGCCUCAAAACAAGCUGAAACUGUUCAAGAAGUAGAUGUCAGUGGAAGCCUGACUGAAAGUGUGGACCCUUGUGGAGAUGAUCAGACUGUACUUUUGUCAACAUCAACUGAACUGAUUGAAACGGCAGAUGAGACUCAGAAUUAUAUGGUUAACAUCACACCUGUUAUGUUACCUUCAGAAUCAUUAAUAGAGUCUGGUCAAACAGAAACGCACCCUGAUGAAACAGACAGUGUUGCCCAGAUCAGUGUGCAUUCAUCUGUUGACACUCGGGGCCAAGAAAAUGACGUUGCAUUUCCCCUUGGACUUUUACCUCCAAAACCACCACUUAACCCUGUAACACAACCCACCCUGCUUUUAAAAAUGCCAGGGGAAACUGGUGAUGAGUGUGGCUCAGUUCAUAAAACCAUUACCUCUUCGUCAGCUCUGUCUCCUGCUCAGCUCGGUGCUGUUGUGUCAGCUGUUCGUUCAACUCAGAACACAAGUAUACCAACGGGACCAUUGGGAAGCAUACCCAGUGCUAAAAAGGCACUUGUUGCUGUUCCCUUUUCACUUCAGGCUGUAAUGAAACCACAUCAUAAAAUUAUUGUAAUACCAAGACAAUGCAAAAUCCCACCAUCACAGGCAAUAGCAAAAGAUAAGGCAAUUGUACUGAAAAAGAAGCUGUUUCAAACAGAUGCAACAACUACUGUCAUUUCUACAAGUGAUGUUAAUCUAGUCCCUUGUACUGGUGAUGAUAAUACUACUCCUGAACUGGACAAACAGCAAUCAGCAUCAGUAACUACCCAGGCACUUCCUGAAUCAGACGGAUUAGAGAUUGAACAAGAAACAUCCCCAUGCAAAAACACUGUACAGGUUAAAUUGAAUAGAUUACCAUUCCCAGUAUCAUCUGCACAACCUGUAUCUGUCACCAACAAGUCACCUUGUGAAUCUUCUACAGUACAGAAAUAUGCACCAAAUAACUCUCCAAUAAAAGUAACAAUUUCAGAAAAUGCUACAAGUCAACCUGAAGCCCAGCCAGCUGAAGAUAAUUUAACCAGCACUGUAAUUGACGCCUCUCCUAAUUUGUCAAACAAUAAGAGUAAACAUGUUCAAACAUCUCAGAGAUGUAAAAUCAAAUCCACUAGCCGAUCAACUACUAUUGUACGGCUUUCACCUGUUGUGUCCAAUGAUCACUCAUACCCUCAGCACCGCAUGACCAAAUCACAAUUCUUGGCUAAGUUGGAAGUUUCACCUGUAACUCAAGAUUCAGAAAAGACUGACUCAAGUGGGAAGGAUGUCCCGAAAGCUUCUCUUGUGGAUCGCCUUAGAAGCCACCUCAAAAGUCAUAGAAAGACUACCAAAAAAGGGCAAGAUCAAGGCUCAAAUCUCACAAUAGAGACUACAGAUUACAUGCCCAUUACCCAAGAGACUUCUGGUCCUAACCAAGAACAACAGAGUGAAAAUGUGAAUUUGCCAAACACUUUAGCUUGCGUUGAUGAAAAUAAAUCUGCUAGUCCAAUUAAAUUAGCCAAUCCUAUUAAAACCUCCCCAGUUACCAAAAGUGUUUCAGACAUAAAGCAGAUUAAAAGAAAAAACUGUCCAAAAGCUGAUCAAAUGACACCAGCUAAGCCUGUCAAGAAACGUAGAUUGAAAAAGGGUGGAGCAAGCAGUGAAAAUAUCCUUUCACGAGGUAAUCUAUCCCCAAUGCGUAACAAACUCAUCAAUAGUAAUGCUCUGUUAAGUUGCGUGAGAAAGGGAUUAAUGAAGAAGUCAUUUUUAUGCAAGUUUUGUCGAAAAGAGUUUGUUAAAAAGAAAGACAUUGAGGAACAUAUCCAGGUGCAUGUUGGAAAGAAACCGUUUCAGUGCAAUAUCUGUCAUAGAAGGUUUUCACGGACAAUGGAGCUUUCGAGACAUCUCAAGAGACACAACGCUGAGAAGAAAUACCAAUGUACAUCUUGUGGUAAAGCAUUUAUUGAGUACAACAAUUUAAAAAGGCACACGUAUAUUCACACAGGAGAGAAACCAUAUUCAUGUCCACACUGCCCUAAGGCCUUUACACAGUCGGGCCACAUGAGGACUCAUAUCAAAAAUCACCAUAAAGAUAUUCAAUGUUAA